GUGCUUGGAAACGGACGUGUCGUGCUUUCUUUUCGGUACAUAUUGUGGGCUGUUGAAGCGUUGAAGUGUCUUUGUGUGCUUCGCUUGCACGGGCUGUUUCGUGAAUCGUUGUGAGUGGGAGAUUUUGUUUCGUGCUUCCUUUUAACAAUGGGCCUGUGAAUGGAUGCUGUUGUGAUCAUGAGAUGAAGUGUGAAUUGAUAAAUUCUGAAAGUAGGAAGCCGGCAAUAGAUAGAAAUUGUGCGUUUGUGAGGGGUGAAAUUGUUAUCAGUUCGGGUCAGCGUAUAGCUACGCCGUUCCGUUAAGUGGUCGAAUUGGAGCCUCGCAUUCAUGCCAAGAGCUGGCCGCCGGACGUCUUGGACGAAUUCGAUUGCGAGAAAAUGAAAUUUUCGUUGUUGCUGUUGUUUUUAAUGUGCGUGUAUGUAAAAGGGGGGAAAAGCAAAAGUAUGGAGGAAAUAUGUAUAUGUUGAACCGACGUUGGCGUUGAAGCGUGAAUGUAAAACGUGCCCGUGGAAAAAAAAAGAAGUUCUUCGCAAACAAAUUUCGCCAAUGAAAUCUUCGAGUGGUGUAUUAUUUCACGUUAUGUGAGGUAGAAGAGUGUCAUGGACGUGGUGUAAACAUAUAUACCGCGGUACGUUCCUGCCGGAGUGCUACUUAUAAAGCAAAUAUUGAUCUCCAUCGUACAAUUGAAAUCUACGGAAUAAAUACAACACGAACACAAUAUUGAUUUUGAAAACAUGUUCAGUGAUCUACACAUUUGAUUUCAUUCAUUCAUCAUAGUGUUUAUCGAGACAAGGUGUCUCGGGCCCCUUCUGUAGACAUGUGCUAAGUUCAUAGAAUUACAAUCAACGUUGAAUCGAAUUGAUUGAUCACAAUAGUAAAGAGACACGAAUUCAAACAACCGAUACUAGUGUGCCCAAAAUUAGAGAGAUUAGAAAGAAAGCUAUUGACAUUUGUGAACGUAAUCUGUGAACUCAAACCAGCACAAAGCAAUUGCACAUUAAAUUGAAAUGCGGGAUACGUGAAGUGCUAAACAAAAUGCGAAAUCCAAAUACGCUUUGCGUAUAACACUGCGUAUGUAGAGCGAGGUUAGCGCGAUUAAUUUCACGUGCCUAUUGACCAAUUUGGCCACAUAUCCUCCUCCAACCGCAGAAUAAAGCAAUGACAAGAAGAAUGAGUACAAACGGUGCACUCGAAAAAGCAGCUCUUUGUCGGUGCUAGAGUGCGGCGGUGAAAUCGGCCACUCGGAGACGCCGUGCCGUUGGUUGACGAAAAAAUACUACGAAAUAAUGGUGUAAAUAUGUGAAGAUUGAAAAUUAAGCAAACGGCGAAUCAGCUGCAGUUUGCAGAGAAAGUCUGUCUGUCCGAGAAAUCAACAGGUGAUUGGUGAUUUGUGCCCCCGACGAACGAAGGCGACGAACCUCACGGGAGUUCCAAGCGACCAAAAAUUGCCAUUGCCAUUCGGAAGAACAUGAGCUUGUGGAACUUCGCCUGGCCAAGUGUCGUGAUUUUGCUGGGUCUGCUCACCACCAGAAAAUGUCAAUCUAUAGCUAUGGAUGACUUGUCUGGCAUGUCGGAAAGAGAAGUUGUGGAAUCGCUCGUCAGAAAGUGGGCCCCAUUGGUUUGGUUGGCACCUAACGAGAAGUACCUUCCAGGCGCUGUUGCAACAUUUUUAGAACACGUACACGCGGAAAAGGCGAAGAUAGUUACGGUCUAUCCUGGCAAUGAAAUAUCGGAUGUGAGUGAACUCAACCACUAUUCCUACUACUAUGACAACGAGAACGAGUUGACCUAUUAUGAUCCAGCGGUACGCCAGGCUGGGAGCCGAAACAAACGCAACUUUCGUGAUCCAGCCACCUCUCUGGACCGCCUGUUUGACCUGUCCAUUGGCAAUGAAUCCAAAAAUUGGUAUCUUGUCACCAAUAGCGACAUCGAGGAGCUGAUUAACGAUAAGGAUUCGUUUAUACACGGACAAAACCCACAGAAGGAAAAUGUGCCAAUCUAUGCCGUGGUCAGUGUAUGCCAUUCAGCGUCUUCAAUGAUGGGAACGGCAUCUGUGGCUGCGGCUCCAACAGCAGCCACAUUGGAACCAGCUCCACUUUCAUCCUCUGUGCCACUCCAAUCGCCAACAACUGUAUAUCCCACACCACCAACGGGCCCGAUGCAUUCGUUCAACCAUAUUGAAAACGAAGUCGUGUACAACACAAUUGACCGUAUUGGCUACAAACGCCCGAGCUACGUGCCGGUCCACAAAAACCUUUUCGAGCUGCAACCCGAGCUGAAACCGGACAUCAACAAAGUCGAAAAAAGUAUUCGCCUAAUCCGAAAACGCCGCAAGCGGGGGAUCUCGAUACUUGAUAUGGCCUCAUUCAGCUCGGAAGAAAGCACCGAGAUACCCAGUAGCAGCAAUAGUAGAGAGUCUGCCGAUGAUCCCAUCGAAGGUCGCGCGGAGACUGCCGAUGGAGAUGAAGAUAAGAAUUUCGUUAACAACGAAAGCGAUUCGGAUGACUGGGAAACGAUAACCGAACGACGGGACGACAUUACCAUCCAGAGAGGAGAAGAUUCGAACGAAUAUCCUCACUUCCACGUUACAUACUGGAUGUUCUAUCCGUACAGUCAGGGUAAAGUUAUUUGUACCAUCAAUCUUGGUCCAUUGGGACCCUGGCCGAUUCCUCUAAUAUUCGGAAUGUGUCUUGGGUCCAAAAAGGAAUUCGGCAGCCAUGUUGGAGAUUGGGAGCAUAUGAGCUUAUUUUUCAGAGGCAGAAAGGAACCUGAUGAAAUGUACGUCUCAGCACACGACGCAGGUGCGUUCUAUUCGUACGAACGACUCACAGGUACGUUCGAGUAUCGUACUCAGGAAACACGCAAGGGAAUCUUACAGCGACCGACGUUUCCCAAAACUGUUAUUACGUCCGGUAAUCAUCCGGUGCUUUUUGCUGCCGAGGGAUCACAUGGUUUGUGGACCGCACCAGGGAAACACAAAUACGUGCGAGUGCCUCGUCUGUAUGACGUUAAUGGUUUCGGAACGCCAUGGACCACUUGGAAGAGCGUUCAAAUUAUCCAUGAAAACGACUCCAGAGGUCGUACCGCGCUGAAUCCCAAGUGGCUCAAGUUCAACGGGCGUUGGGGUAACCCUAAGAACCGAUGCCAUCCACUGAAGCGCUUCGGAUUACACAUUUGUGAAAUCACUGAUGGCCCAACGGGGAUUCCGAGAAAGAAACCUCAUUUUAAAUGCAAAAUGCGAUAAACCUCUACGUGCAAACCCAUCCUACAGCGAUAGGAUUUAGAAAAAAAGUCUAUUUAUUUAAUAUUUUUAAUAAAUUAUUUAUUUUUCUUUUCCCUUCCUGCCAUGCAUUCAUAAAGUCAUUACAUUUGCUUCCAUUAUCACCUUAUUUAUUUUUGUUUUAAUAUGUCUAUAUGCUAAUAUCAUGAUCACGAAUGUA